GCCAGGCAUCAUGGGGGAGCUAUUCAGGAGCGAGGAGAUGACCCUCGCCCAGCUCUUCCUCCAAUCAGAGGCGGCGUACUGCUGCGUCAGUGAACUGGGGGAGCUGGGGAUGGUCCAGUUCCGAGAUUUGAACCCAGACGUGAACGUAUUUCAGAGGAAGUUUGUGAAUGAGGUUCGUCGCUGCGAGGAGAUGGACAGAAAGCUGAGGUUUGUGGAAAAAGAGAUUAAAAAGGCCAGCAUUCCCAUGGUGGACACUGGGGAGAACCCAGAAGUGCCCUUUCCCAGGGACAUGAUCGACCUUGAGGCCACAUUUGAGAAGCUGGAGAAUGAGCUGAAGGAGAUCAACACCAACCAGGAAGCGCUGAAGAAGAACUUCCUGGAGCUCACGGAACUCAAGCACAUCCUGAGGCGCACACAGCAGUUCUUUGACGAGAUGGAGGACCCCAACCUGCUGGAGGAGUCUUCCUCUCUGUUGGACCCGAGCGAGGCCGGCGGACGUGGAGCCCCCCUCAGGCUGGGGUUCGUUGCCGGGGUGAUAAACCGGGAGAGGAUCCCGACCUUUGAGAGGAUGCUGUGGCGAGUGUGUCGUGGAAAUGUCUUUUUGAGACAGGCAGAGAUCGAGGACCCCCUCGAGGACCCCACCACGGGAGACCAAGUCCACAAGUCUGUCUUCAUCAUCUUCUUCCAAGGAGACCAGCUCAAGAACAGGGUGAAGAAGAUUUGCGAGGGUUUCAGGGCCUCCCUCUACCCCUGCCCAGAGACACCCCAGGAGAGGAAGGAGAUGGCAGCCGGGGUCAACACCCGUAUUGAUGACCUCCAAAUGGUGCUUAACCAGACCGAGGACCAUCGGCAGAGGGUGUUGCAGGCGGCGGCCAAGACGAUGCGCGUGUGGUUCAUUAAGGUGAGGAAGAUGAAGGCCAUCUACCACACGCUGAACCUCUGCAACAUUGACGUCACACAGAAGUGCCUCAUCGCAGAGGUCUGGUGCCCCGUCGUGGACCUGGACUCCAUCCAGUUCGCCCUGCGCAGAGGAACGGAGAGGAGUGGCUCCACGGUUCCCUCCAUUCUCAAUAGGAUGCAGACCAAGCAGACUCCGCCCACCUUCAACAAGACCAACAAGUUCACCUCCGGCUUCCAGAACAUCGUAGAUGCUUAUGGCAUCGGCACCUACCGUGAAAUCAAUCCAGCUCCCUACACCAUCAUCACCUUCCCGUUCCUGUUUGCGGUGAUGUUUGGGGACAUGGGCCACGGGCUGCUGAUGACCUGCGCUGCCCUCUACCUCGUCCUCAGGGAGAGCCGUCUGCUGUCACAGAAGACCGACAACGAGAUGUUCAACAUGGUGUUUGCUGGGCGCUACAUUAUCCUCCUGAUGGGUAUCUUCUCCGUCUACACCGGCAUCAUCUACAAUGACUGCUUCUCCAAGUCCCUCAACAUGUUUGGAUCAGGCUGGAGUGUGAAAAACAUGUUUUUCCCCAAAGGAAACUGGACGUUUGAAACGCUUGAUUCAAAUGCAGUCCUCCAGCUCGAUCCAGCCGUACCAGGUGUCUUUGGCGGACCGUACCCACUAGGCAUCGACCCUAUCUGGAACGUGGCCACCAACAAGCUGACCUUCCUCAACUCCUUCAAGAUGAAGAUGUCCGUCAUCCUGGGCGUCAUCCACAUGCUGUUUGGCGUCUCUCUCAGCCUCUUCAACCACCUGUACUUCAAGAAGCCCCUGAACAUCUUCCUGGGCUUCAUCCCAGAGAUUGUGUUCAUGAGCAGCUUGUUUGGCUACCUCAUCCUCCUCAUCUUCUACAAGUGGACCGCCUAUGAUGCUUUCACGUCCAAAGACGCCCCCAGUCUCCUCAUUGCCUUUAUCAACAUGUGUCUCUUCAACUACAACGAUCCCACCAACAAACCUCUUUAUCGGGGACAGAUGGGUAUCCAGGUGCUGCUGGUCCUGAUAGCUCUGGGCUGCGUGCCCUGCAUGCUGGUGGUGAAGACCUGGGUCCUGCGCCGCCAGCACCUCUGGAAGAAGCACCUGUCCCAGCUGAGGGAGGCAGGCCCCGCUGAGAAUCUAGACAAGUUAGAGCAGACAGGCAGCACCACCUCACCCACCGGACUCACCCAACAGGGCACACAGAAGUUCGGAGGGGUGCGGGUCGGCAACGGGCCCACCGAGGACGAGGCGGAGAUCAUCGACCACGACGCGCUGUCCCAGCAUUCCGAUGGAGAGGGAGAUGAGCGCGCUGAGGAGGAGCCGUUUGACUUUGGUGAUGUAGCGGUGCACCAGGCUAUCCACACCAUAGAGUACUGCCUGGGCUGCAUCUCCAACACCGCCUCCUACCUGCGCCUCUGGGCUCUCAGCCUGGCCCAUGCCCAACUGUCCGAGGUGUUGUGGGGUAUGGUGAUGCACCUGGGUCUCUCGUCACGCUCUGGUGGCGGCUUCUUUGGCCUGACCAUCAUCUUUGCGAUGUUCGCCACUCUCACCGUGGCCAUCCUGCUCGUCAUGGAAGGCCUCUCCGCAUUCCUACACGCCCUGCGUCUGCACUGGGUGGAGUUCCAGAACAAGUUCUACACGGGCCAGGGCUUUAAAUUUGUCCCCUUCUCCUUCGAGAGCAUCCAGGAAGGGCGCUUUGACGAAUGAGGGGUCUGCGGACGCCCUCUGGAGAAUGUCAACACGUCCCAGAACACAUCUCUCUCUCUCUCUUUCUCUCUCUCUCUCUCUCUCUCUCUCUCUCUCUCUCUCUCUCUCUCUCUCUCUCUCUCUCUUUCUCUGCAUGCUCUCCGUCUCUACCCUGGCCAGUCAGCCAUACCAUUGUGUACCCAGUGCAGCCCUUGCUCUUGUGAAAUGUGUGUGUGUGUGUGCGGGCGUGUGUGCGUGAAUGUAUAGUAUGUGUAUAUGUGUGUUGUGCGUGAUCACUCUAUCUCUCCAAGUAGUUUUGAGCUGUUUGCCGUGACCUCUGACCUGCAGAGACUCAGCCUUCAGCCAUUUUGUGAGGUGUUUAGUGAAGUGCUGUAAGUGUGUGUGCUGUGAUCCUCCCAGGUAACCCAUCGAUUCUCUUUUCGCACUGUAAGUGCACAUGCUGGUUAGUGUCUGGUGAAAUGUUUGGCAGGCGGUGGAUUCAAAACGUGUACUUAAGGGCACGCAGGAAAAUGUUUAAAAACGGAAAACAGAUUCUAAAACAGCUCCCAGAUCAGAUCAGGGGUCAACAGGGCCGUUGACAGCUUUGACUGGGCCCAGGGCGAAGUCAUCUGAAAGGGCCCCCUCCCCACCCAAUACAUUCAAUGUAAUGAGGACUCAAUUAUGGGCCCCAUAUCUCCCUGGGCCUGGGACAGCAGACCCCUUUGUCCCCUCCCUGUUGGCUUCCCUGGGGGUCAGGAACGCCACUGAAAACAAAUAGCUCACAUUUUUUAAAGGGGUGAAGGUCAUUCCUCCCUCACGCCAAUGCAUAGAAACUAAACCAACCAAUCAGAGGCCACGAUCUCGAUCAAGAGUGAGUUACAGCAGCACAGUGCCUGCAAACUGCUGUCUUUGGACUGUAGACUUUAAGCUUUUUGGCAUCAGGAGCGGCAUCGGGAUUUGUUUGAAUCCUGACGUGGUUUUGGUCCUGGGUCUAUCCCAGUCUGUGCAGCAGUGGAAAGAGAAAAAAAGCCUGGAUGAUUCACGGCACUGUAAUGUACUGGUGACGGAUGGAUGGGAAUAGGCAGAGAUGGAAUGCAACGAAGGAAGGGAAAGAAGUAGAUGGAGAGAGAGAGAGAAGGAAAGAGAGAGAGAGAGAAAGAGGGGGAGGCAGAUGAGGCAAUCCAGCAUGUGGAGGUCUAUCCUCGAUGAAUAGGGCCGCUGAAAGCUUUUGCCGGGCCCGUGACAAAGUCAUUUGAAAAGACCCCUUAUCCAAUACAUACAAUGUAAUGAGGACUCAAUGUUGGGCCCCCGCCUCGCUCCCUGGGCCUGUGACAACUGACCCCUUUAUUACCCCCUGUCGGGCUUCCCUGUCGAUGACUCCACACCAGAAGUGGAAAGAAUGGCCAUUAGCACAUAUGUACGUAUGGGAUGUCAGGGAAUCCCCUCUUUGAUUCACAUUUUCCUUUUACUCUUCGUCCUCAGGAUUGUGUUUGCUCCUCUUUGCGGCCUGUUGGUGUUGGACAGAUGCACAGCUGAGUCGGCUGGCUGGCUGGCCGGGCAGGCAGGGCAGGGGGAAAUCAAAUGAGAGCAGAUGUUUCCUUUGUCAAAGGUAUCACUUAAUGGCAGCGGAGUGGUGCGAUGCCUGCGCAUGCCUGCACGAUGAUCUGGGUUAGGACCAGGGCCGGAUUAACAUGGCCUGGGAGCCCUAAGCUACAGGUUGCUGUGUACCCACCUCCAGAAGUCAAAUUGUGUGACAAAGUUACAUAGACAGUGUCAUAAUUAAGGACAACAUGUCUACCAACUGUACUCAACACAAGGGGUACAUUGUUGUCAAUAUUCCAUUUUGUCACACUUCUACCAUUUUUUCCACUUAUGGCCAAUCAGGGGGCCCCUGGCAGGUGAGGGCCCCUAGGCUGCAGCCAUAUCUAGCGUAUGCAUUAAUGUGGCCCUGAUUACCAUGGUGUUGGGACAGGAUGGCUGGCGGGGUUGCGGUGUAAUUGUAAUGCACACCUGCCUUCAUGCUGCCAGGAAAGAGUCUGGCCCGUAGCUGUUUUCCACUACGCUGUGCCGCCCGUUCACAGUGCAAAAAGAUCCUACCUGCUUGCUGGACUGGUUAGGUUACAGAGCUGUGAUUUGUAUUGCUUGCCCCAGCUGCAACACCUCCCCCUUGUGGUCUUGUCAGUACAGACAUGAUACGCCACUGAAUAACUGUUUUGCACGGUUGCCAGAUGAAUCUGAUGAUUUCCAGCCCAAAAAAAAUGCUCAAAAGCCACCUGGAAGCACCAAGUCUCACCCAAUUUGAACAACAUUUUAUUGAUGUCUAUGGCCACAAAUUUGCCGAAAAAACCUGCCAAAAUGCCCUUUUGACGAUGUUUACCUGCAGACGGCUAUCCUAAGCAGACGAAUUGGGCGGGAAACCGCCCAAUCUGGCAACACGACUGCUUUGGUUGGAUCAGAGGGGAUGAGGACAGAUUCAUUUACUUGUCAUCUCUCACUUGUCAAAAAAAAUCCAGAAAAGAGGUUACUGUAUUUCACAUAAUUGUUGGCAGCCACAGUUUUAGCAGACAGGAUGCAUGUGGUCGUGUUUCACUCAAUAUCAAGCAACGUGCCCAAAAACAUUAUCAGCGCUACUUUCCAAAAGAAUUAAUGUAAUUUCCUGUCGAAGUUGAGAAAGUGAAUGAGCCGCGCUUGAUAAGCCAUCAUAUGUUUAAUAUCGUCGCAGACACGGUACAGCCUACUGUAGGCUACAAUGGCGCACAAAGACACUGCUAAAUAGUGUUGUGGAGAAUCAGUGGGUGAUGUGUUGAUCGGUACCUCUUCACAUGUCGUUCUGACGUGCACUUCCAUGAAACAAUGUGGUUUGUGGCGUAGGGAUGGUUUUGUUCUGCAAAACGACAAAGACAUAUCUAUUUGUACAACGUUAUGUGGUGGACUUUUUUUGUUAUCCACAUCUUUGUUUUUGUUUGUGUCAAUCAUCUUGGAUGUCACAGUGACAGAGUGUACGGUAUGCAUGUGUGUUUGUGUAUGUUUGUGUGUGGUGGUGUUGUACGGUGUACCUCCCCUUGCUCUGUGUGAAACACACUGUGUAUGUGAACACUCUCAAUAAAUUAAACUCUGCUGGGAC